GCUGUUGCAACGUAAUCAAGAAAGUAAAGCAGCAAAUGACAAAUGGGUAGUGGCACUGCCACUGCAGCCACAACAACAUUCAACAGUGUGUUGUCAGAGACACACACAAAAAUAAACACAAACACACACUCUGAGAAAGGUGCCACCGCCACCAAGUAUGCCUCACUCUAAAAGUUGCUAACUUUGUUACCAAAAAGGUUACUCUCUCUCUCUCUCUCUUCAUAAACAUCGUUUUGGGUUUUACCAGUUUAAGCUUGAGACUUGCCUGCUGCUUGGUCUAACCAAUUCUGGGAUAAAGUUUGGAUUUUUGUUUUUGAUUGUGGGGUUUUCUCUUCUUUGCUGAAUCUGUGAUGCUUUUGGGGUUUGUGUAUUGUUGUUGAACUGGCCAAGAUUCCAUUUCUCACCAAUUCUAUCCUUCCAUUUCUGGGAUACAGUUCCUUCUGUGUGUAUUGCGGAUCUAAUUCCUACUGGGUUUUCAUUUUCUCCAAGGAAGUAUUUUGGUAUUGGAUGUAUACCCAGAAUCACUGAAUUGGUGUAGACUUUGUAUUUUGGGAAAAAUGCUUGUUGCUUCAGUGCCAAAUUAAAGGCACAGUUUCUUUUGGAUACAUACAAGUAGGGAAAAGGGAUGGCAGCAGAGUCAAACACUGGUUUUCACUAUGAGGAUAUGAAUUCUGCUUUGAACUGGCAUGCAGUAUCAUUUCAGUCUGGUGCUAUUAGUAGCCUGCAUGAGAUGGCUCCAAUGGGUAAUUAUGUUGGGUUGAAUAAUAAUAUCUCAGGGAUGAUGUAUUCUGGAAAUUCAAGCAUCAUUAACAAUAAACCUGUCAUAAGUCAAGCUGGCAAUAUAUCUGGUUCUUCUCUCCUUCUUGAUUCAGACCCUGGGCUGAAGCAUGAUGCAGGGAUGGCUGUUGAGUGGGGUGUUGAUGAACAGUACAAAUUGGAGGAGGGUCUUGUCAGAUAUGCUGAUGAGCCAAGUAUCAUGAAGUAUGUCAAAAUUGCUGCUACAUUGCGUGAUAAAAAUGUUCGCGAUGUUGCUUUGAGGUGUAGGUGGAUGACUAGAAAGCGAAGGAAACCAGAAGAGCACAUGGUAAAGAAGUUCAACAAUAGGAAGGAUAAGCCGGUGGAGUCAUCAUCAAAGCAAUAUUUGCAGUCAGCUCUAACACCAAGGCCAAGCAUGGCCACAUACUCUUGUAUGUCAAACAAUUUGGGCAAAAGUCAUCGGAUACUAUAUGAUG